AUGGCGGUAAAUCCAUCAGUAUCCAAUGUUUCGCUGACGAGUGUGCGUUCAAAUAGCACACAUUUAUUAAUGAACAAAAAGGUGACAGCACAGGAGUCAUUAUAUCAUAUGUGUUUAAUGAUCAAGAAGAGAUUAGAGUUUCUGCCACAGCUCCAACCAUAUUUGAAUUUAGCGCAUUCGAGUUCAGAGAUUCUAGCAGAACACCAAGCCCUGCUUUUAUCGCAGAAACAGCAGUCACAGCAGCAACAUCGGCAGCGAGGUUCGCAUUACGAAGGUAGUAGUGCACAAAGUACAAAUGGUAGACUUUCCUCCUCAAGUACUCUUCAUAGGGACUCUAGUUUCUCGGCUACGAGUUUUGGAGAGGACUCUGAGCAUUCUCAGUCCUUUAAUAUGGAGGACACUUUACUGACUUUUUCUGUUGGUAUUACGCCUAUAUCUGUCGAUUGUGACCCUGUAACGCAACUUUCUAAACUAUUUCAACAGGGUUCGCCACUUUGUAUUAUAUUCAAUGCCGUAAGACCUCAAUCUAAGCUAACGGUGGUCUCGUCAGAUGAUAUUAAGAUUUGUAAAAAAUCUAUCUACGACUUCAUUCUUGGUCUGAAACAACAUUUUGCAUUUAAUGACGAAGAACUGUUCACCAUUUCUGACGUUUUUUCAAAUUCGACAGAUCAUUUCUUGAAAGUUUUGGACGUUGUGAAUACGUUGCUGAAUGCUGCACCUGAAGUAUUCCCACAAAUUGAUAUGAGCACACAGUUGGAAUCUCAACGUCUUGCGAAACCACAGACAGAAUAUGAUAAAAUUGUCAAAGAAUUCAUCGAGACUGAGAGAAAGUACGUGCAUGAUCUAGAAGUUCUGAAUAAGUAUAGGAAGCAACUUUUAGACAACCAAAUUAUCAACUCGGAAGAACUGUACAUGCUGUUCCCCAAUUUGAAUGACAUAAUCGAUUUCCAAAGACGGUUUUUAGUGUCAUUAGAAGUCAACGGUCAAGUUCCAUCUCAAAAACAAAGAAUCGGGGCCUUAUUCAUGCAUUCCAAAUAUUUCUUCAAGCUAUAUGAACCUUGGUCCAUAGGUCAAAAUGCAGCGAUUGAUUUCAUUUCGUCUAGUUUCAACAAAAUGAACCCAAAUAGCACUAAUUUUGUCAUCGGUAAUAAAAUGGAACUGCAAUCAUUCCUUCUCAAACCAGUCCAAAGAUUGUGUAGAUACCCAUUACUUCUCAAAGAUCUUUUACAACACGCAGAAAGUGAUUCUAAAGAAUUGGAGAUUGCCUUGGGUAUUGCCAAAUCCAUUGCAAGGAAUAUUAACGAAAAUCAAAGGAGAACAGAAAAUUACGAGGUUGUCAAACGUCUCUAUGGUCGUGUGGUAAAUUGGAAGGGUUACCGCAUCGCUAAGUUUGGUGAGUUAUUGUACUUUGAUAGAAUAUCAAUAUCAACGAGCAAUUCCAAUGAGCCAGAAAAAGAUUUUGAAGUGUAUCUAUUCGAAAAAAUCAUACUAUUAUUCAGUGAGGUAAGCCAGAAGAAAGGAAGCUCAAUAAGUUUAAAAAAGAAAUCGAAUUCAUCAUCUGUUCUUCAUCUUUCAAACUCUUCGAACACUAACAUGAAUGAUUUCACGAAGAACACUGGGAAACUGGAUUUAAGAGGUCGAAUUAUGAUAGUUAACCUGACUCAAGUCGCUCCGAUUGAUAACUAUUCCCUGAACAUUAUUUGGGAAUCAGCCAAGGAAAAGGGGAACUUCAUACUAAAAUUCAAAAAUGAAGAAACCCGCAACAACUGGGAAAGCUGCCUUCAUCAGCUUCUUCGUCAAAUUCGCAGCGAGUCCUAUAAAAGUGUCAAUACGAAUAGCGAUAUGUCGUCAUUCUCCUCACCAGUCCAAUAUUCUCACAACAGUGUUGCCUCCAUUGGUAGCACUCUGACCAGACAAAUCUCAGAAGUCCUUCCCAAAAGCCAUAUGUCCAAUGCCCGUCAGUCAUUUGCAAGCGAAUACAGAUCUAUAUCCGAAAGUUACAAAAAUUCAAUCCCUGACACUAUGCUUCUACUGAGGGUCUCAUUCAACAACGAUUUUUACACAGUCUUAGUAUCCUUAGACUGUUCUGCGGAAGAUCUGUUGCUUGCGAUUAAAAGGAAAUUGGCACAUUUAGGAGUAAUCACGAAGGUAAAAUACCAGGAUGAAGAUGGUGAUUUUGUGAUGUUGGAAAGUGAUGAUGAUUGGUAUGUUGUAAAAGAUAUGCUGAAAGAGAGUAAUGAAAGACUAUUGAACGUUUGGGCUUAUACAAACUGA